GGGUAGGGACAAGGGAGUCGUGACUCGGGAGAGCGUCCACUGCCAUCGGAGUACAAGGAAACAGAUAGUGUUAGCUCUCGCUUCUCGUAAAAUUUUUCCUUCAAGUGUUUAAAAAAUGGCACGUACUAAGCAGACAGCUCGUAAAUCAACUGGAGGUAAAGCACCUCGUAAGCAGUUAGCGACAAAAGCAGCUCGUAAAAGUGCUCCUUCUACUGGUGGUGUAAAGAAACCUCAUCGAUAUAGACCUGGUACUGUGGCUCUUCGAGAAAUCAGAAGAUACCAGAAAUCUACCGAGUUGCUGAUCAGAAAGUUACCUUUCCAGCGAUUGGUUCGUGAAAUUGCACAAGAUUUCAAGACCGAUUUGCGUUUCCAGAGUGCUGCGAUUGGAGCUUUACAGGAAGCAUCAGAAGCGUACUUGGUGGGUCUGUUUGAAGACACCAAUUUGUGCGCUAUCCAUGCUAAGCGUGUAACAAUCAUGCCCAAGGAUAUUCAGCUCGCUCGACGAAUCCGUGGCGAGCGUGCUUAAAUAAUAUGUAACUCCCAUACAUACCAUAUACUGCUACUAUUACUACAAUUAUUAUUAUUAAUUAUUAUCAUUCAUAACGAUCCUGGAUGGAGCAUUUUCAUUCCAGACUAUGUAUUAUGUUGUACUCCACAAAAAGUGUACAAGUUCAUCCCUAUGAUAGGUGCAUAGAUUUUGGAGCUCUUUUAAAUCAAUGCAAAAUGUUAUCACCUGUUUUCGAUAUAUUGGUAGUCUUUGUUUUUGGUCCAUAGUUUCUGAUAAACACAAAGACUGCAUUAGUUUACGAAAAUAAUCAUUCACGAAUAAUUAUUUUCUUUGUCUUUCAAUUUAUUGCUACUUUUUUAUUAUCUUAUUUUUUAUUCAUAAAGUCAA